AGUGGAAGAAAUCCUUAUGGCACGAUAGCAGACUGCUCUACAUCACAUUGCCGUCCAUUACACAAGGUCUGCUGUCCCUAUCUGCACACGGCUCCAUACAGUAACGCUCCAGUAACCGGAGAUCCCAGGACAGCUCAGAACAUUCUGGUAAACCUUGCUGACUGACAUUUCCCGCCUCCCUAACUAUGGCCGUCUGGCCGUGCCCCGUGAGUGUGGAGCCGCCUGCGUAACCAUAACAACGGAGGAGCUUUCUGGAAAGCCGGAGAAGCUGAAGUACAGCACAGAGUCGGCUCGAGAAACUUCUGACUGAGAAGGGGCGGGGCUUAUUUGCUCUAUAUAUGUAGUCGCCACUGUAUACGGAUGUUUACCUGAAAGAGAGAAGACGCUACGUGUGAACUGGACAGCGAUAUUAGCGUGCGGGACCCUGUAGACCGCGGCUGGGACCAUCAGGGAAUAUUCAUUGUUGUGGGUACGGCUAACGCAUCGUCUGGUAGUCUGUACUGCGGUUUACAGAGGACUUGUGCCAGGACACUGAGCCAAGAUGGUAAAGGAGACUGGCUACUAUGAUACCCUUGGGGUAAAGCCAAAUGCCACUCCUGAUGAAAUAAAAAAGGCAUACAGAAAGCUGGCGUUGAAGUAUCACCCAGACAAGAACCCCAAUGAAGGAGAAAAGUUUAAGCAUAUUUCUCAAGCUUAUGAAGUACUGUCUGAUCCUAAGAAAAGAGACCUCUAUGACCAAGGUGGAGAACAAGCUAUUAAAGAAGGAGGGAUAGCUGGAGGAAACUUUUCCUCACCCAUGGACAUCUUCGACAUGUUCUUUGGCGGAGGUGGCCGCAUGAACAGAGAGAAGAGAGGGAAAAAUGUUGUCCACCAGUUAUCUGUAUCUCUAGAAGAAAUGUAUAAUGGUGCAAGUCGAAAGCUAGCAUUACAAAAGAAUGUCAUUUGUGACAAAUGUGAAGGUCGUGGUGGCAAAAAAGGAGCAGUAGAAAAAUGUACAAACUGUAAAGGUCGUGGUAUCCAAGUUCAUGUUCAGCAAAUUGGACCGGGGAUGGUCCAGCAGAUUCAGACGAUGUGUUCAGAGUGCCAUGGUGAGGGUGAGCGGAUUAAUCCCAAAGAUCGUUGCAAACAGUGUAAUGGUAACAAGGUUGUACGUGAGAAGAAGAUCCUGGAAGUUCACAUUAAGAAGGGCAUGAAAGAUGGACAGAAAAUAGUUUUUCAUGGGGAAGGAGAUCAAGAACCAGGUCUGGAGCCUGGAGAUGUUGUCAUUGUGUUGGAUCAGAGGGACCAUGAAGUGUUCCAAAGGCAAGAUAGGAACUUAAUUAUGAAGAUGGACAUUUUAUUAGUAGAAGCAUUGUGUGGGUUCAAGAGAACAGUAGAAACAUUGGAUGGACGAACUCUCCUCAUCUCAUCACUUCCAGGUGAAGUCAUUCAUCACAGUCACUUGAAAUGUAUUCCGAAUGAAGGAAUGCCCUUAGAGAGAGAUCCAUUUGAGAAAGGUCUUCUAAUUAUCCAAUUUUUGGUGACUUUCCCAGAAAACAAUUGGCUUCCAACAAGCAAGCUCCCUCUUCUGGAACGUUUGCUUCCACCCAGAGAAGAUGUGAUGGUCACUGAUGACAUGGAAGUUGUGGAGCUUGUGGAAUUUGAUCCCAAACAGUACAACAGAGAAUUCAGAGGAGAGGCAUACCAAGAGGAUGAAAGACCGAGAGGAGGUGUUCAGUGCCAAACAUCAUAAUACGCUAAAGUGUGGCUGAAAGUGUAUGUUGUUCUGUGUUCAAAUGGCUUUAAGUCAGAUGAAAAUAUAUUUGACCAGUGGAUCUUGUGUUAAAUAAAGACUUAUUUUUUUCAGUUAUUACCAAUGAAAAGGUAAAAAAAACUACUGCAAUAUUCACAUGUCUACCUGAAAAAUACUUGAUAUUUUUGCACAUUAUAUGUUAUUUAA